AUAUUUUGGUCAUUAGUCAAUUUGACGCACUUUCUCGUUUUAUGUCAGACGUCCUCGAUAAAGGAUACUUUCAUUUCACCGCCCUAUUUCUCUUUCCAAUUUUCCUCCUUUUUCAUCGUUUUAUUUUUCUCUUUUUUCCUCUUCUUCAUUAGUCGCACGGCGCCUAGCUGUGUUUUUCUUUUUGUUCUUUUAACUAGUUCGUCUGUAAUUUAUUUAAUUUAUUUUUGAAGUUAACUUCAAGGAUUUCUUUGAUGUAUUUGUAUACUCCAUUGUAGAAAAUGUUUGAUUGUGGUUAUAAAGCUCAGUAUAUGAGUGGGCAGAGGGAGAAAUUUGUCAGGUUGGAUGAGUUGGACUCUAGAUUAUCAUCAUCCUCUGAGACAGGAUUGAAAAAAUGUGGGUUUAACAUUGAUGGAUUAGGUCGCUCUGGCCAUGCAAACAAUACAACAUCAAGAUCUUUCAAGAGAGGGAUCAGAAAGGGAUCUGAAGGGCUUAAGUCAAUUGGUCGCUCACUUGGAUUUGGGGUUUCACGAGUUGUAUUUCCAGAGGAUCUUAAAGUUUCAGAGAAGAAGAUUUUUGAUCCUCAGGAUAAAUUCCUCUUGCUAUGCAACAAAUUAUUUUUCAUAUCUUGUAUUCUGGCAGUAUCAGUGGACCCUCUAUUUUUUUAUCUUCCAGUUAUUAACGAUUUGCAAAAGUGUCUAACUAUUGAUAGAAAAUUAGCAGUCACUGCAACGACUCUGCGGACCAUUAUAGAUGCUUUCUAUCUUAUACGCAUGGCCCUCCAGUUUCGUACAGCUUACAUUGCUCCAUCAUCUCGGGUUUUUGGACGAGGUGAACUUGUGAUAGAUCCUGCACAAAUAGCCAAGCGGUACUUGCAGCGAUAUUUCAUCAUUGAUUUUCUUGCGGUGGCUCCAUUACCACAGAUUGUUGUUUGGCGAUUUCUUCAAAGUUCCAAUGGUUCAGAUGUACUAGCAACAAAACAGGCCUUGUUUUUUGUUGUCUUGCUUCAGUACAUCCCUAGGUUUCUUAGAGUUCUACCCUUGACAUCAGAAAUGAAAAGAACAGCAGGUGUCUUUGCUGAAACUGCAUGGGCUGGAGCUGCAUAUUAUUUGCUAUUAUAUAUGCUUUGCAGUCAUAUAGUAGGGGCAUUCUGGUACUUGGUAGCUGUAGAGCGAAAUGAUACAUGCUGGCAGAAUGCAUGCAAGGAUAUUGGUAGUGACUGCAAUAAAGAUUUCUUGUAUUGUGGGAAUCAGCAAAUGAAAGGUUACAACAUAUGGAAGGGCAUGCGAGAUUCUGUUCUUAAUGAGAAGUGCCCAGCGGAUGAAAAUGAUGAUAAUCCUCCAUUUGAUUUUGGAAUCUUCACCCAGGCUUUAUCAUCUGGCAUUGUUUCAUCAACUAAAUUCUUUUCCAAAUACUUGUACUGUUUGUGGUGGGGUCUACAGAAUUUGAGUACCCUUGGCCAGGGGCUUCAAACUAGUACGUAUCCUGGUGAGGUUAUAUUCUCCAUAGCACUUGCAAUUUUUGGACUCAUCCUCUUUGCACUGCUGAUCGGAAACAUGCAGACUUAUCUUCAAUCUCUUACAAUUCGGCUAGAAGAAAUGAGGAUCAAAAGGCGUGACUCAGAACAGUGGAUGCAUCAUCGGAUGCUUCCCCAGGAUCUUAGGGAACGGGUAAGACGGUAUGACCAAUACAAGUGGUUGGAAACACGUGGUGUCGAUGAAGAAAACCUGGUUCAGAGCCUUCCAAAGGAUCUGAGGAGAGAUAUCAAGAGGCACCUCUGUCUGGCUUUGGUUAGAAGGGUUCCUUUGUUUGAGAAUAUGGACGAGAGGUUGCUUGAUGCCAUUUGUGAACGGCUUAAACCAUGCUUGUUUACCGAGAGGACUUACAUAGUUCGAGAAGGGGAUCCAGUUGAUGAGAUGCUUUUUAUUAUUCGUGGCCGCCUUGAGAGUGUAACAACAGAUGGUGGGAGGAGUGGGUUUUUCAACCGCAGUUUGCUGAAGGAAGGAGAUUUCUGUGGAGAGGAACUUCUAACUUGGGCAUUGGACCCCAAAUCCGGUGCUAACCUUCCAACAUCUACUCGGACAGUGAAGGCUUUGACUGAGGUUGAGGCUUUUGCCCUUAUAGCUGAGGAGUUAAAAUUUGUGGCAAGUCAAUUCAGGCGUCUUCACAGUAGACAGGUGCAACAUACAUUCCGUUUUCAUUCACAGCAGUGGAGGACCUGGGCAGCUUGCUUUAUCCAAGCUGCUUGGCGGCGUUAUUCCAAGAGGAAGAUUAUGGAACUGCGUAGGAAGGAAGAAGAGGAAGCAGAAGGCUCAGAUGGAAAUCGUAGUAACAGUGGUGGAGGUUCAUACAGCCUUGGUGCCACUUUCUUGGCUUCUAAGUUUGCAGCAAAUGCUCUUCGUGGCAUUCAUCGAAACCGGAAUGCUAAGAGUGCCAAGGAGCUGGUGAAGCUACAGAAGCCUCCUGAGCCUGACUUCGCUGCUGAAGAUGCAGAUAGAUACGUUACCGCUAAUUUUUGAGAGUUAAAAUACUGUUAGUUUCUUCUAAUUGUACUUUGCUUGAAGAUUAAAAACAAUGUAUAAUACAAACACACUCCAGUUCGGAAUUGUAAUUGGAAAGCUUGAUGGAAGAAAUGUCAAAGCUUGCUUGCUGCAUUAAGACAA